CACUAGCCCUGUUUGGGCCUGUCCCAUUUCCCAGUAUAAUUCAGAAGUUGAUAUCCUUUGGCCCGUAAAUUUCUCCGGACCUUGCAAGCUGCAGGAUAUGCAAAACAGCAGUCAAAUUGCAGGCAGAACAGGCUUAUAAAUCCAUUUUAAAAUGCUGCAGCCUCUCAUCUCAAGUUGGCCGUUCCAAGCUGCACAUUGCAUUCCGGCCGGUCCCCAACUCUGACCGCCCCCAUGUUUCCUUCCAGUAUUCAACUUUCCUCGCUCAUGGCGUACUGGUCCAAUCACCAGACCAAUCCCUUUCAAAGACUAUCACCAAAAGAGAAAGUUCUCCGGCCGCUGCGGCUGCCUUUAUCUUGUCAUGACCGUCGCACACACCUCCUCCUCUCUCGUCCUCCUCGCUCCUCCUCUCCCUCCUCUCUCUCUCUCUCCUCCCAGACAGAGAGACAGAGAGGGAGCCCAUAUCCAUAUCCAGUACUGCCUGCGACACUUGUGCUGCUGCGACUCCUGUUCUUUGGCCAGCCUUGUGCCCAUCAUCUGCAUCAAGUACGGCCAUAGGGGCCGGGGCCGGGGCCAGCAUCUCGCGCAGUGACGACCGACCCUGCUGCGGUCACUUCACGGGUUUCGUCUGCUGCCAUUACAUUACAUCGCCAUGGAUUCUUGAUGGGAGUGGCAUGGGACUGGGAGUGAGUGCCUCCAACCUCCAACGAGUUUAAAGAAAGCUUUCUGUGUGACCGCAUUCCUCGAAAUAAGUCGAUCGCGGCCUACAAGGGCUUCUCCACCGAUCGGCCGGAGCUGCAGAUUUGUUUGCCAUCUUUUGGGGGUUUUCUUGAUGAGUUCUUGGUUGGUAUGAGUGGAGUGGUUUGUUUUUCUCUUUUUCCUGCUUGGACAAAGGCAUUUCUUGCUGGGUUCGUGCUCUUGUGUGGGCGUCGUAGCUUCUUCCAUUUCUUGCUGGAUUCGUGUUGAUCUCUGCCUGAGGGUGCCGAAGAUGAGCGUGCCGCACCUGUUCCGGUGUCCGAUCAGCCUCGACAUCUUCACGGACCCGGUGACGCUGUGCACGGGGCAGACGUACGACCGUCAAUGCAUCGAGCGGUGGCUCGCCGACGGCCACCGCACCUGCCCCGUCACAAUGCAGGCCCUCGGCGACGGCGACACCACCGUGCUCGUGCCCAACCGCACCCUGCGCCACCUCAUCGAGCGCUGGCUCUCCGCCGCCACCGACCACAGCCUCCCGGAGUCGGCGGACGACGAUCCAUCGCUUGCGGCGCUCAAGCGUUGCCUCCAGUCCGACGCCACCUCCGUCGCCGCCAAGAUCGGCGCGCUCAAGAAGGUCUUGGCGCUGGCGUCCGAGUCCGACGUCGGCCGCGCGUGCAUGCUGCAGCUGGGGUUCCUGUGCGUGCUCCUGCCGCUCGUCUUCCACGCCGCGCCGGCCGCGCCAGCGGAGCGCCACGCGGAGGCGGAGGAGCUCGCGCUGCAGUGCGCGCUCAGCCUCAUGCCGUCCAACGCCGCUGCGCCGCAGCUCGACUGCCUCAACAUGCUCAAGAAGGAGGACAACCUGGCGUCCUUCGUCCGGCUGCUGGGGCGAGGCAGCGGCCGGGCCAAGGCAGGCCUGUGCCGCCUCCUCGAGACCGUCGCCACGGCCGCGGCGACGCGGGACCUGGCGCUCGUCGUGGCCGCCUCGCCGCGCGUGUGGCAGGCGCUCCUGCCGCUCCUGCAGCAGCACGCCGGCCCGGCCACGGACGCGCGCGCCUCGGAGGCCGCGGUCCGCGCGAUCGCCGCGGUCUGCGCCGCCGAGCCGGCGCGGGGCAGCGCCAUCCAUCACGGCGCGGUCGGCGCGCUCUUCAGGCACCUGUCGUGGUGGGCGUACGGCAAGGGCGGCGGCGCCGUGUCCAGCGCGCUGGCGGCGGUGGAGGCGCUGGCGGAGACGGAGGCCGGCCGCAGGGCGGUGGCGCGCGCACCCGGCGCGACGCGGAUUCUCGUGAGGCACGUGUUCAUGAUGUCGUCGAGCAACGACGGGAGCGAGCACGCGGCGGCGGCGCUGCUGGCCGUGUGCAGGGAGUCGCGGGCGGCGCGGAGCGAGGCGGUGGGCGCCGGGGUGGUGACGCAGCUGCUGCUGCUGCUCCAGAGCCAGUGCGGCGCCAGGGCUAAGGCCAAGGCGAGGGCGCUGCUGAAGCUGCUCAAAUCCAGGUGAACCAGAGCCGGGUACUCAUUAGAGUUAGCGAGGAUUUAGAUGUUCUUGUAAGCUGUAAGUUUCUGCGUCAAGAAUGUCUGCCAAUGUCAUGGUAUUCAAUAGCGUGCAAAACUUAUGUAGUGGCAAUUCUGUGAAGCUGCAGGCGUCAAUUGAGAGAUUAAAUUAUCCGGAUGUAUUGUGGCGAUUCUUUUGA